AGCAGAGCCAUAGACGUUGAGACAGAGCUGUGGUCUGCGGGGGUGCAGUCGAACUGAUUCAGCAUGGCGCUGUUUAGGCCACGCCCCUGAUAACACCCCUUACUUUGUCUGUGGAUGAGGCCAAACAGAAGACGCUCAUAGCAACAAGCUAAGAAAACACGUCCGUGUUUGAACUCAGGCUCACACUGAAGCGAACAGGCAGCCUUACUGGGGGAGACUCCGUUUUCCGAAGGAACGAAUUUUGAAGAUACGUCAGUUUUAGGAGUUCGCCCUUUUGGGAUCACGUUAACGAUGUCGUGAUAUGAAGACCGCCCUCCUCCUUCGACAACAAGACCCCUAACUAGCCAGUCUCUCCGGAAGAGAACCGAGUAGCGUUAUUUCAGGAGGGCUAGCUUUAGCUAGCCGCGGAGCUAGCUAGCGUCACCAGAAAAGUCGGGAGUUCUCGAGUGGUUUACGUGUUUGAACAUUUCCCCCCUGCCUGGGAUGCUUCUUUUGGUAGAUAAAAGUAUCCGCACUCCGAAAGACGCAGAGAGCGACCGUGGUCGACACCGGGGAGGUAUUUGGACUCAAACUAGCAUAUCUGUGGGAGCGGCGCUCAUGUGGACGGAUGUUUUUGCUCUGCUGCACUUUUCACUUUUGUCCCUGGAGUGUUGAGUCCCUGUUAGAGCGCGACGUCGUUCAGAAGAAGUGCAUGUUAGCAGGGAAUAUUGUCGUUUUUAUUUAUGUCGACCGUGUUUUAGGAUUUUAGCACUCAUAUACAUAUAUUUUAUCAUUAUAUCCGGACCGUGGUUAAUGCAAAGCAAGCGUUUCCCAUAGUUAGCUCCGUAGCCCAGACACACAGCUGUAGCGUUAUCACAUACAAGUUAGCUUAGCUGAAUGUAGCCUAGCUAGUAAACAGUCCUGAACCGAAGCGGAAAACUGUUCAGAAGGAUCAUGAUCCAGCUCUCCACCACUUUUGCCAGUUUACACAUAAGCUAGCUAACAACUCGAGCUAAUUCGCUGAAGAGUAGGUGCCAUUCUAGACAUGACAUGAGGUUGUAGUAGCGAGACUUGCUGAUCCAGUGAACGUUACGACCGUGGGAGGCUUUCUAGCAUCUCUAAACCAAGGAUUGUUUGGAAAGAAAGGAACAAAGAAGCAUUUGAUGUUGACUUCAUCAACUGGCCACAAUCAUGAUGAUACUGAGCAGAAAACCAGACGGUCCCAUCACAGCAGCUCGACAUGGAGAUGGUCUGUAUGACUCUUACAUGCGCACGGACCAUAUUGUGAAUGAAGAUGGUGAACUGAAUGGUCAGAGCCCCUCUGGACUACCUCCACUGUCCAAACACACAGGUGUGAACAAACCUACCAUGAAAGAUCACCUGGGAGUCAGAGGAGGACAGAUGAAGGUGAAGUACUUGUACGAGGACUCAUACAAUCGCAAACCUAAUGGUGUGAUCCAGCACAAUGGUACCAGCCAAGCUCUUGCCAAGCCUCAGCCUACUCUCUCUAAAGAGAGAAGUGUGGACAGCAACAGUUCAGCCAAGUCCUCCGAUAGCUCAGUCAAGCCCACCAAGCUAGGAGGUCCUCUCACUUCAGAGCAGGUGCUGAAGCAGCAUAGACAACAGCUGACUGCGCUGGAGCAACAGGAGAUCCACAACUACUCUGAGAUCUACUUUGUGGGACCAAAUGCUAAAAAGAGACCGGCAGUGGCAGGGGGCUCCAACAACUGUGGAUAUGAUGAUGACCAAGGAGGUUAUAUCCAUGUGCCUCACGACCACAUUGCCUAUCGUUAUGAGUUCCUCAAGGUAAUUGGUAAAGGGAGUUUUGGUCAGGUGGCGAAGGUCUAUGACCACAAGCUGCACCAGCAUCUGGCUCUGAAGAUGGUGCGCAAUGAGAAACGCUUUCACCGGCAAGCUGCGGAGGAGAUCCGAAUACUAGAGCACCUGAAGAAGCAGGAUAAGACAGGAAGCAUGAACGUUGUUCACAUGCUGGAGAACUUUACCUUCCGCAACCACAUCUGCAUGACCUUUGAGCUGCUCAGCAUGAAUCUCUAUGAACUCAUCAAGCGCAAUAAGUUCCAGGGUUUCAGCCUGCCUCUGGUGCGCAAGUUUGCCCACUCCAUUUUGCAGUGCCUGGAGGCUCUGCAUCGCCAUAAGAUUAUCCACUGUGACUUGAAACCAGAAAACAUUCUGCUCAAGCAGCAGGGUCGAAGUGGCAUCAAGGUCAUUGACUUUGGCUCCAGCUGCUUUGACCACCAACGUGUCUACACCUACAUCCAGUCCCGAUUCUACCGGGCUCCAGAGGUCAUCCUGGGCUCACGCUACGGCAUGCCCAUAGACAUGUGGAGCUUUGGUUGUAUUCUAGCAGAGCUCCUGACAGGCUACCCGCUCUUCCCUGGUGAGGAUGAGGGAGACCAGCUGGCCUGCAUGAUGGAACUCCUGGGUAUGCCUCCUCAGAAACUGUUGGAACAGGCCAAGCGUGCCAAGAACUUCAUCAACUCCAAAGGCCAUCCACGUUACUGCACCGUCACUACACUCAGCAAUGGCACUAUUGUGCUGAAUGGGAGUCGCUCUCGUCGGGGAAAGAUGAGAGGUCCUCCAGGCAGCAAGGAAUGGGUAACGGCCCUCAAGGGCUGUGAAGACCCUACUUUCAUUGACUUUCUGAAGAAGUGUCUGGACUGGGAACCUAGUACACGCAUGACACCUGUCCUGGCAUUGCGACACCCCUGGCUCUACAAGAGACUUCCUAAGCCUGUGCCUGGGGGGGAGAAGACCUCGGUUCCCAAGCGGAUUACCGAACAUAGCACCUCCUUUCCCAGUAUCAUCUCUAAGGUGCCCCCUGUAAUGGGCCAAACCAACAACAAACUGCGGACCAACAUGAUGGGGGACUCCGGUGGGAGUAUACCACUGCGUCCAGUGUUACCGAAGCUCGUUUCAUAGAGCUGAUCACCUUUUCAGGAAUAAAGAGAACAUUGUAGCAUAGAGGUGGAUUUCAUUUGUUUAUGUUUUGUUUUUGAAAUAAUGGGUGUCAGUGCUCAGUGUUUUGACUUUUAACGAAGUAACAUAGAGGCAAAAAAAAAUGAAAUUUUAUAAGCAGUUAAAGAAUACUGUUUUUUCUUCAGAUGGCCUUUGAAAAGGUAUUUGAAAAUUUUACAUUUUUUUAAACGCUUUUUUUCUGGAGUGGAAUGCUAUUGAAGUGCACAAGUGGGUGAGAUAUGCUGUUUUCCUUCUGGGGUUUACACUAUCAUUUCUACUAAGACAAACUUGAACUUAUGCAAGUCUAAGGGCUGUGUUUUAGAGGUGUACUUUUAAGGACUUUAAAAAGAAUGCUAAAAAAGAUUAAAUCUUAAUUAUUAAAA